UUGUGUUUUUAGAUUAAGAAAAUUGAACAACUGAGGAAGAAUUGUUCAUUUCUCUCGUUGACUUCUCAAACCCCGGCCUGGUCUGCUUGGUUUGUUUUUGCAAGCUUUGCCGGAAGUGUAGCGAUUUUGUGCCUCUGGGUUUAGAAACUCUGUCGAAAAUGUUCUUAUUCGAUUGACGUACUUCCGGGUCACUUCCGUGUUAUCCAGUCGUCACGUUUCAAGUACAAUUUUUGUAAAGCAAAUUGUAAAAAAUAUGUGAAAAGUUGGUCACCGGUGUCGUAAAACCAUGAAGAUUGUCAGUUGGAACAUUAAUGGCAUAAGAACUUUCAAGGGCGGAAUUAAAAAUGCGCUUGAGUCGCUGGAUGCUGACAUCGUAUGUGUCCAAGAGACAAAAGUAACAAGAGACCUGCUGGAUGAGAGGACUGCUAUUGUUGAAGGUUAUAACUCAUAUUUCAGCUUUAGUCGUGGACGCAGUGGCUACUCAGGAGUUGCUACUUACUGCAAAGACAGUGCCACCCCAUUUGCUGCAGAAGAGGGCUUGACCGGUCUGCUGACCACCAACCACGAGGGAACCAUUGGAUGCUAUGGUGACUUGAGUGAGUUCUCCAGUGAGGAGCUGCAGCUCCUGGACAACGAGGGAAGGGCUGUUCUCACACAGCACAGAGUCAUGUGUGAAGACACACCUGAAACAGUUACAGUUAUCAAUGUAUACUGCCCACGAGCUGACCCAGAAAAGCCUGAACGUAAACAUUUCAAACUGCAAUUCUACAAGCUGCUUCAAUGUCGGGCUGAAGCAAUUUUAGAAACUGGGAGCCGUGUAAUCAUCUUGGGAGAUGUGAAUACAUCCCACCGGCCCAUAGAUCACUGUGACCCAGAUUACAUAGAUGAUUUUGAGGAUCACCCCGGGAGGAAAUGGCUAAACGGUUUACUGGUUGAUGACAGUGAAGGAAAGGAGUAUGAAAAAAACAAUGAGGAGUCUGAGAAUACCUCAUCAAAACCGCUCCGCAGCGGCAAGUUUGUGGACACCUUCCGCCAUUUUCACCCAACACGCUCCAAGGCCUUCACCUGUUGGAACACUAUGACUGGAGCCAGGCAGACCAACUAUGGCACACGUAUCGACUACAUCUUCGCAGACCAUCCCUUGGUUAAAAUGGGGUUUGUGGCAGCAGACAUCAUGCCAGAGGUGGAGGGGUCUGAUCACUGCCCUGUCUGGGGGAAACUGUGCUGCCCCCUCCUGUCCAGCGCCAAGCUGCCUCCCCUCUGUACCCGCAACCUACCAGAGUUCGCUGGCAGGCAGCAGAAACUCUCACGCUUCCUCGUCAAGAUGGACCAACAACAACCUGCCAGAGAGGCUUGCAGGGACCCACUACCAGGAUCUCAGGAGACUGGGGAGACCCGAGAGAACCUGAAUCCACUGGGAUCAGCAGGGACCACCUCUACUGGAAUGAAACGGAAGUUGGCAGUGGAAUCUUGUGUCCCAAAGAGCAAAAAGAUUAUGACACUGAAGGCUGCUACCCCAAAGCCCCAGGGCAACCUCCUAGCAUUUUUCAAGCCCAAAUCCAUACCUGUGGCCCCAACCAGGGAAGACCCUGUGAGUCAGUGUGAGAGGGGAGAAGAGAGAAAUGAAGUGAGCCCAUCACAACCACAUACCUUCAAGGGAGGACAUUCUGCAGGACAAGAUGUUCCAUCAAUUCCAGGCACGCCAUGCACAGAAUAUCCCCAGGGUGUCUGUAUGAGAGACAAAGUCCAUGUACCGGGCAGCAACAUACAGGAUGCCAGUGUCAAUAGUCAAAACCAGGAGAAGGAUGCAGCCCUGGCUUCUGAGGCUACUGUAGACCCCCCAUGUCCCAGGAAGGGGGCUUCACUGGGUGGGUUCUGGAAGACGGUCCUGCGUGGGCCACCCCCACCGCCCCCCUGUAAGGCUCAUGGGGAACCCUGUGUACUCCGCACAGUCAAGAAGGCAGGUCCAAACAUGGGCAAGCAGUUCUUUGUGUGUAACCGCCCUCAGGGCCAUGCAUCCAAUCCCGAGGCUCGCUGUAACUACUUUUCUUGGGUGGAUAAAGGAAAAUAGUGACUAUGCCGUAGAAAUGCACUGACAUUUCCUCCAUGUUGUGGUUUUAUAAGCGUUGUUUGAUAUAUUAGUCAAAUAAAGACAGUAGUUUUAUAAAUGUUUUAACUUCGCUAAUGUAUUUCACGUAAUCACAUUGGGGCCUUUCUCACCACAUGACAAGCAUCCAUUAAGAUUCUGUUGGUGUGUAUUUUUACUGCUUAUGAAAUUACAAUGGAUGCUGAACUUA